UAACAGUAACAAACAUAAAGGGGAGGAGGAGAGAUCGCAGUUUUUGUGCUGAGGGUUCUUCCCCCAACUAAGAUCUGUUCUACCCAGAGAAACCCUAACUCAUAUAUUUAUUUUUAAUAUUACUUCUCUUUAUCUUUUAAUUUACCGAUUUGUUUAUUUUUUCAUCCCUUUGUUUCUACACUGAUCAAUCUCUGCAGCCUGCACUUUGUUUUGUCACUCUGAGAAGGCAAAAGGAAAAAAACUAGAAACCAUAAUUAUCAAUGGUCACUGCUGCUAAAUCUUCAAACCACCACUCGCCCCCCAGUGCUCCGUCACCGGCGCAGCCCGGAGACGGCAACAGCCCCAAGUUCCCGCGAAAAAAUCUUCCCUCGCCGUGGGCUCAGGUAGUUCGCGGCGGCGAGCCGGAAUCGGCGGGCUGCAUUCACCAAUCACCGCCGUCAUCGUCCUCGUCGUCGUCCUCGUCUCUGGUUGCUGAUCAAGCCCCGUCAUCGGAGGUGAUUCCGGUGUCGUCGCCGGUGGAUAAUUCUAAUACGGUUGGUGAUGUAGAUAGUUCCGAUGGCGCUGAAGGCAAUGCGGAUCGUUCUAAAAAGCCCGUUUGGAACAAGCCCUCAAACGGCGUCGUCGUCGUCGAGACUGGGCCUGUAAUGGGCGCUGCUGAAUCAUGGCCCACUUUGCUUGCGUCCACCAAAGGUUCUGCUAAAUUGCCUGCUGAAUCGUCCUCCAAGACUGUUACCGAUGAUGGAUCACUCUCCACUUCUCAGUGGCCAAUGACUUCACAAUCUCCUCAGAAACAAGCGACUACUAUUGCAAAACCUAGUUCUGCACCAAAUUAUAAUGUGCCUAGUAGACAAAGAUCGAUGAAGCGGGUAGGUGGCAGCAGCACUGGAUCUGGUCCUUCACAGAGCAACUUCUCCAACCCUCCCCCAACGCCACCCCCGCCCCCGCCUUUUCCUGUAUACCAGCUCCCACCAGUUAGCUAUGGUAAUAUGGUACCAGGUGUCCCUGACCAUGCUCCAAGAGAUCAUUACCGGAACAAUAACUGGGAUGCAAGACCAUUGGUUGGGGGUUUUGUGCCUGCAAUGAAUGAAUAUCGGGGUUCCUCUCGCAGGGGUUAUUUUGGGCCUCAUCCACGAGGAGAUGGUUCCUAUCAUAAUAGUUAUGGUAGCAGGCGUGAUCAUCAAGAUCGUGGAAAUUAUGUGAAUGCUAGAGAUGCUUUUCUACCUCAACCAAGGAUGCCUCCAAGAGGAUUACUGAGGCACCCACCACCUAAUACCGCUGCAUUUGUGGGCCCUCAGCCUAUUGGACCAUUUGCUAACCCCAUCAGUUUUCCUGAGUUCUAUUACUAUCAACCAGUAACAGUGGAACAGUUUACGGGUAUGCCAUUCUUCACUCACAGCCCUCCUCCUACACCGAUCUUCUCUGCCGCAGAAUCUCCUCUCUCUAAUAUGAUAGUCUACCAAAUUGAAUAUUACUUUAGUGAUGCUAAUUUAGUGAAAGACGCGUUUUUAAGGUCUAAAAUGGACGAACAGGGUUGGGUUCCUGUUACUUUGAUAGCAGACUUUCCUCGAGUUAAAAAUUUGACAACCAACAUUCAGUUGAUACUUGACUCUCUCAGAACUUCUACUGUUGUGGAAGUGCAAGGUGACAAGUUAAGGAGACUUAACGAGUGGAUGAGAUGGCUGCCCUCUGCUCAGCGACGAUCUAAUUCUGGUUCAAUAUCUCCUAGUGGGUCAACACACAAUAAUCUUACAGCUAAUUUUCAAACUAUCAUCUUGGAAGAAACCACUGCAGAUGAAAGUCCAACACAGCCAAACGGUGGUGAUGCUACUAAGAGCAGCAUUUAAAAAGCCAAGCCAAGCGGUGAUGAUGGGAAAGAGAGAUUGUGGAAGUUGAUUCUUUCUUCAGUCUCGAUUUUGAUAUAAAUUUUGAGUGAGUGAUGUAGCGGAAACAAAUAAAAGUUAUUUACUUUUGUUAAGGUCCAAAGAGAAAAGAGAAAAGUUAAUUUAAACAUAAAAGUUCAGAAUUUUGAUUGAGGCGGAUUUAACGAGGUUAUUGGUUUGUAUAGAUGACAUUCGUUGUGGAUUUUUUUUUUUCCUAUUUAUUUUUUAUUUUAUGAUAGAAGUUGUAGAUAAGUCUCUUAUUGGUGGUAUGAGUGGAGUUUUGGCUAAGCUAGGUUGUUCAUUUUGGCUUUCUCAUUGGAUGGAUGACUAAUUAUGUUUUGUACCGUGAGUUUACGCAUUACAGUUUUUGCUGUUUUUUUAA